AUGACGUGCUACCAUGCUGUUAAAGAGACUUACAAUCGCCAGCGAUGUUUUGUUGAUGACCCUCGCUGUUACUUGACUGCCUCUGAAAGAGGUUCGCAAGACUGCAGCUUAACAAGCAACUGGAAAGACAGCACAUUGGUAGAUGGAGAUAACGGAGAGACGCCAAACACCGACGAUAAUCCUAAUGAUCCUUGGAGCACAUUGGUAGAGGGUGGUAACGGAGAGGAGCCGAAAACCGAGAAUAAUCCUAAUUAUCCUUUUAGCACAUUGGUAGAUGGAGAUAACGGAGAGACGCCAUACACCAACGAUAAUCCUAAUUAUCCUUAUAGCACAUUGGUAGAGGGUGGUAACGGAGAGGAGCCGAAAACCGAGAAUAAUCCUAAUUAUCCUUUUAGCACAUUGGUAGAUGGUGAUAACGGAGAGACGCCAAACACCGACGAUAAUCCUAAUGAUCCUUGGAGCACAUUGAUAGAGGGUGGUAACGGAGAGACCCACAAAACCGACGAUAAUCCUAAUUAUUUGCACGAGUUUUCUUCAUUGGUAGAGGGUGGUAACGGAGAGAGGCCGACAACCGAGAAUAAUCCUAAUGAUCGUUGGAGCAUAUUGGUAACGGGUGGUAACGGAAAGGAGCCGAAAACCGAGUAUAAUCCUAAUGAUCAUUGUAUCACAUUGGUAGAGGGUGGUAACGGAGAGACGCCGAAAACCGAGUAUAAUCCUAAUGACCCUUGGAACACAUUGGUAAACGGUGGUAACGGAGAGGAUCCGAAAAACGAGAAUAAUCCUAAUGACCCUUGGAGCACAUUGGUAGAGGGUGGUAACGGAGAGGAUCCGAAAAACAAGUAUAAUCCUAAUGACCCUUGGAGCACAUUGGUAAAGGGUGGUAACGGAGAGGAUCCGAAAAACGAGUAUAAUCCUAAUGACCCUUGGAGCACAUUGGUAGAGGGUGGUAACGGAGAGGAUCCGAAAAAAACGAAGGGUGGUAACGGAGAGGAUCCAAAAAACGAGAAUAAUCCUAAUGAUCAUUGUAUCACAUUGGUACAGGGUGGUAACGGAGAGGAUCCAAAAAACGAGAAUAAUCCUAAUGAUCAUUGUAUCACAUUGGUAGAGGGUGGUAACAGAGAGGAGCUGAAAACCGAGUAUAAUCCUAAUGAUCAUUGUAUCACAUUGGUACAGGGUGGUAACGGAGAGGAUCCGAAAAACGAGAAUAAUUAUAAUGAUCAUUGUAUCACAUUGGUACAGGGUGGUAACGGAGAGGAUCCAAAAAACGAGAAUAAUCCUAAUGAUCAUUGUAUCACAUUGGUAGAGGGUGGUAACGGAGAGGAUCCGAAAAACGAGAAUAAUCCUAAUGACCCUUGGAGCACAUUGGUAGAGGGUGGUAACAGAGACGGGCCAAAAUCAGAGUAUAAUCAUAAUUAA